AAACUGUGUAGUGAUGCUCAAGUUAAAGUCUUUGGGAAAUGCUGCCAACUGAAGCCUGGAGGAGAUAGUUCUUCCUCCUUGGAUAGUUCUAUCACGUUGUCUUCUGAUGUGAAAGACCAGUGUCCUAAGUACCAGGGUUCUCAGUGCUCUUCUGACGCCAAUAUGCUUGGAGAGAUGAUGUUUGGCUCGGUAGCAAUGAGCUACAAAGGAUCUACCUUAAAGAUUCAUCAGAUCCGUUCCCCGCCACAGCUCAUGCUCAGCAAAGUUUUCACUGCACGGACUGGCAGCAGUAUCUGUGGAAGUCUCAAUACGCUGCAAGAUAGUCUUGAAUUCAUCAAUCAGGACAAUAACACAUUAAAGGCUGAUAAUAACACAGUUAUUAAUGGACUGCUUGGGAAUAUAGGUCUUUCACAGUUCUGCAGCCCCAGGCGGGCAUUCUCUGAGCAGGGUCCGCUCCGCCUGAUCAGGAGCGCCUCUUUCUUUGCAGUUCACAGCAACCCAAUGGACAUGCCUGGAAGAGAGCUGAAUGAAGACAGAGACAGUGGCAUAGCACGCUCUGCAUCUCUCAGCAGCUUGCUUAUCACCCCAUUUCCCUCCCCAAACUCCUCACUUACCCGAAGUUGUGCCAGUAGCUACCAGCGACGUUGGCGACGUAGCCAAACUACAAGCUUGGAAAAUGGGGUCUUUCCUAGAUGGUCUAUUGAAGAAAGCUUUAAUCUGUCAGAUGAAAGCUGUGGCCCUAACCCAGGAAUUGUGAGGAAAAAGAAGAUUGCAAUUGGGGUAAUCUUUUCAUUAUCCAAAGAUGAAGAUGAAAAUAACAAAUUUAAUGAAUUCUUUUUUUCACAUUUUCCUCUCUUUGAAAGCCAUAUGAACAAAUUAAAGAGUGCAAUAGAACAGGCUAUGAAAAUGAGCCGGAGAUCAGCUGAUGCUAGUCAGAGGAGUUUGGCAUACAAUCGAAUUGUCGAUGCCCUAAAUGAAUUCAGAACAACUAUUUGUAAUCUUUACACAAUGCCACGAAUCGGAGAACCUGUCUGGCUUACAAUGAUGUCGGGGACUCCAGAAAAGAAUCAGCUUUGCCAUCGUUUCAUGAAGGAGUUCACUUUUCUAAUGGAAAAUGCUUCCAAAAAUCAAUUCUUGCCAGCUCUCAUUACUGCAGUCUUGACCAAUCAUCUUGCCUGGGUUCCAACAGUCAUGCCAAAUGGACAGCCACCUAUAAAAAUAUUUUUAGAAAAACAUUCCUCUCAGAGUGUGGACAUGUUGGCAAAAACUCAUCCGUAUAACCCACUUUGGGCACAACUAGGAGACUUGUAUGGCGCUAUUGGCUCUCCUGUACAUUUAGCAAGAACAGUAGUAGUUGGCAAACGACAAGACAUGGUCCAAAGGCUGCUUUAUUUUCUUACUUAUUUCAUAAGAUGCUCUGAACUUCAAGAAACCCAUCUUCUAGAAAAUGGAGAAGAUGAAGCCAUUGUUAUGCCAGGGACAGUGAUCACUACCACUUUAGAGAAAGGUGAAAUAGAGGAAUCUGAGUAUGUGCUUAUCACAAUGCAUAGAAACAAAAGCAGUUUGCUCUUUAAAGAGUCAGAAGAGACAAGAACUCCUAAUUGCAACUGUAAAUAUUGCACUCAUCCACUCCUUGGGCAGAAUACAGAGAAUGUGUCACAACAAGAGAGAGAAGACAUUCAAGAUAGUUCUAAGGAACUGCUAGGAAUUUCAGAUGAAUGCCAGAUGAUUUCUCCUUCUGACUGCCAAGAAGAAAAUGCUGUUGAUGUUAAACAGUAUAGAGAAAAAUUAAGAACUUGCUUUGACACCAAGUUAGAGACAGUGGUUUGCACAGGAUCUGCACCAGUAGACAAAUGUGUAUUGUCAGAUGCAGGCUUAGAGCCAACAGAGGAAGCAUGGCAGAGUAAGGAAUUGCUGGAUUCAGAUAAUCACACUGGCAAAGCGAUGAGAUCCACAGGAAUAGCUGUGGAAAAGAAACCUCCAGAUAAGACUGUGCCUGCUACAUUUUCUUGUGAGGCAACCCAGACAAAGGUUACUUUCCUGAUUGGGGAUUCUAUGUCACCUGAUUCAGAUACUGAACUCAGGAGUCAGGCAGUGGUGGAUCAGAUUAUGAGGCAUCACACCAAACCAUUACAAGAAGACAGAGGGGUGACUGACAAGCAUCAAGAAACUAAACAAACAACUAAGGACCAAUCUGGAGAGUCUGAUAUACAGAACAUGGUUUCUGGAGAGCCCUGCGAACUUCCCUGUUGGAGUCAUUCAGACCCAGAUAACAUGAGCUUAUUUGAUGAAUAUUUUAAUGAUGAUUCAAUUGAAACCAGGACUAUUGAUGAUGUUCCAGUUAAAACAAGUAUGGGCAGUAAAGAACACUACUGUAUGUUAGAGUUUUCAAAAGGAUUGUGUACAAAAAAUAGCAAACAGAAUAAUGAAUUCUGUAAAUGUGUAGAAACAGUUCAGCAAGAUUCAUGUAAAACCUGCUUUCCUCAGCAGGACCAAAGAGGUACACUCUCCAUCCUUGUCCCCCAUGGGGAUAAAGAGAGUUCAGAGAAAAAAAUUGCUGUAGGAAAUGAAUGGGACAUUCCAAGAAAUGAAAGUUCAGAUAGUGCCCUUGGGGAUAGUGAAAGUGAAGACACAGGUCAUGAUAUGACAAGACAAGUCAGCAGUUAUUAUGGAGGGGAGCAAGAAGAUUGGGCAGAAGAGGAUGAGAUACCUUUUCCUGGGUCAAAGUUGAUUGAUGUGAGUGCUGUUCAGCCCAACAUUGCUAACUUUGGGAGGUCCUUGCUGGGUGGCUACUGCUCAUCUUAUGUGCCUGACUUUGUUCUUCAAGGAAUUGGUAAUGAUGAAAGGCUCCGUCAGUGUCUUGUGUCAGAUUUGUCUCA